AUGGACGCUCUGGGAGCGUUCUCCUUUCUGUCCGACAAUGUACCCACCUGGAUUGGUCAACUUUCGGAUCUGGCUGCUCACACAGCUGCCAAACACACCGAAUACGCCAACGCCUACAAGCGACAUGCUGCCCUCCGAACUCGACGCCGCAAGAACAGCUCGGUUUGCUCCAUCCACACGGACGACUUGACCCUCCCCUCCACGGCUACUCUGUCUCCCUCAUCGGCGGCCGAAGCUAGAGAAGGGACUGCCCUCACCACCCCGAACACCUCCCAAACGCCAUCGAACUCGAACCCCCGCAAACGUGGAGCCGAGGAUGCACUCUCGGUCGAUUCGAACGAGCAGGGCAUCUUCGUCAGCACCCGGCAUAACCUCAUCAUUGAGUACGAUGGACACACACAGAAGGUCUUGGAGGAAAUGGUACGCAACAUAGGGACGGCCCGCAACAACAUCCGCAAGGGAAAAAUGUCGCAGCUACGCACAGCCGGGUAUCGCAGUGCCGUCCUGAUUCGAAGUUCCAGGAUGUCGCCACUUGCUGCCUCGCUUGCGAGCCCUGGAGCGACGGAGGAUGAUGUCCUGUCCAGCAUCCGCAAAGCUCGAACGCAAGGUCCCCCUACACCCCGGACCGCGGCCCCGCCGCAACCUUCCCCCCUUGAUAUGGCAGAGAAACAACUGGAGCUGGCCCAUGUACAAUGCGAAACCGCUGCCUAUCAUUUUCUCCGGUCCGGGGAGUGUUCGGCCGAACUGGCCAGCGUGGAGCAAAAGCUCAAAGGACUGCUUGACCUGGCGACCCAAGAAGUGCGCCGGCUCAAGACAGAACGACCGGAAACCCCUACGGUGCAGGAGGAGAAACCUCCAGCUGUUGCACCACAGCCCGCCAUGGCAACCACCACGAUUGAUGGCGACCGUCAUUCUAUGACCAAGAUGGAUACCAUCGAGGUGGAUGAUGGGUCCGAGUCGUCUGAGUCAAUUGACCUGACGGUCUUUCGAGCCAACCGGAUUCGACGAUAG